AAUUAAUAUCUAAAUAUAUUCCCCUUUGUUUUACCUCGUUUACAGUCUCCUCUACGCAAUUCCCUACGGGCGUUACGGCACCUGCUACUGUUUCAACUUCAGGCACGGGUUUUCCAUCGCCCCGGAAGACCGGGACGACAUCUUCAGCGGUCUCCACAUGGUACUGGACACCGAGAUCGAAGAAUAUCUGCCUCUGUCGACAGAGGUCGGCUUCAAGGUCAUGAUACACGAACCGGGAGUGGAGGCGGACUAUAACCGCAACGGAGUGCACAUACCACCGGAGUUCGCAUCGUACUUGCGACUUGCCAAGACGACGCUACAGAGGCUGGAGCCUCCGUACCCGGAGCCCUGCCGCCAUGACUGGCCACCGGGGUACAAGGAGAUACUCUUCACUCAGACCAGCUACACGCGGGAGAAGUGCCUGGCGGCGUGCCUGCAGCUGACCAUAGUGAAGCGGUGCGGAUGCAUGGACUACAGCGUGCGAACCUUCAACAUUACCGGAGUGGAGCGCUGCUGCAGCGGAAGCGGUGCGUAUUGA